AUGAAUAACAACGACGAUUUGCAUUAUGUCGACUCGACAGACGCCAACGAAAAUAUACUUGACACUUUUCGUUACAUCGGAGGAAGGAGAUUUCAUAACGUGAUGGAUUCGAAAUACUUUUUGCCAAACGAUAUCGGAGAAGUGGAUCGCUUAGAAGGUCAGCACUACCUUUAUCGUCACAUUUGGCAGGGAAACUUUUCUGCUCCGGUUCAUCAAACGCUGAGAAAAAAUGGCGCCUGUGUUUUGGACGUUGGUUGCGGUCCAGGUACAUGGGUCGUUGAAAUGGCAUAUGAUUUUCCUUCGGCAAUAUUCGUUGGACUAGACAUUUCGCCGAUAUUCCCUUCUGAUCAGAAAAAACCACCGAAUGCCACCUUUCUCCAAUUGAAUAUACUAGAUGGCCUUCCUUUCCCGGAUGACACGUUUGAUUUUAUCUACCAACGUUUUCUCGCGUCGGCCAUCGAAGAAUCACAGUGGAAGUACGAAGUAAUUUCCGAACUCGUCAGAGUAACCAAACCCGGCGGUUGGAUAGAAAUAAUGGAAGUUGGCACUGUUGUCACCGAUAACAUUCAAACGCCAAUCUUUCAUCAGGUUAACUGUGCACUCUUGAAUUUCCUUGCCAGUCGCGACAUCAACGGACUAAUCAGUUCAAAACUUGGAAAUAUCAUGGCCGAAAUUCAUCAACUUGCAAAUAUUCAAUGCGAAGUACGCGAGACUCCUGUCGGUCAAUGGGGUGGAAGACUUGGAGAAAUGGUGUUUUUAUGGCCAGCAAACUUGCUUUAUCACAAUUCAUGGGUAUUAGUCACGAGAAGUUUGAUGUCAUGGCACAAAAAAUGCGUUCAGAAAUCGAUUCGUGUAAACUUUGUGUUAAAACUUAUAGGUUCUAUGCCCAAAAAGUAUAAUAAAUUAAGAUUCCCUCAAAAUAUGAAAAAUACUAUGCUAACGAUGUAA